UCGAGAAAAAAAAAAGUAUCGCGUCGGUGCCGGGUUACACACUAGAAUCCGUCUCCCUUCAGCGACCAUCUGCGACCUGCACAAGGCAGCCCGCGUGCCCCCCAAUCCUCAUACGUAUCCAAGUUUCCCAGAAUGCGGCGACGGAGAAAGCUUCAACAGGCGCUCGACUGAUUCAGCCUAGCCUAGGCGUCUCUAACACCCCAGAAUCCGCCAGUUCUUAGAUCUGCCCUACCGUUGCGCACUACGGGCGCAACAGUGUCGCAAUCGCAUCUACCAUCGUCACCAUCAUCAGUUGCGUGUCAGAUGCUGCGCUUCCAGGCUCACAGCCGUCCUAUCAGCGAAAAUUCAUUCGACGAGUCUCUGGGAAUCUCGCCACCAAAAACUGCGGAGAGCGCCGCCGAUUCCGCAAUCCUUGGCGUGAAAGACGCGGCGAUGGGUGCAAGACACCAGGUUUGCCGCCACGAUUCUCGGCACCGAAGCAGGAGCGAUGAGCUGAGCAUAACUGCGACGGGGGUGGGAGGCAGGGAUGACAAGGCAGCAGCGGAGGAAAUGGAGGUAUUAGUAGCAUGGGAGUUUGGGGGGCGAGUGUGGAUACUAGGAGGGGAUUGGGGGCUUGGUGAAGGGCAGGUUAGAGAAAGCGGGGAUGAAGGGUAGAGGGGUUGGUAAGGCAUGAGGAACGUGCCAUCAAUGGGCACAGGGCAGGGGAGAGGGAAGGCACCAGGGAAGACGAAAGGGAAGGGGAAAAGGUAGGUGAAGAAGAGUGAGAGCAGCAU